GGUAAAAAGUGGAGAGCAGGAAAAGAAAACCGUAAUCAAUAAUCACACUGCUCUGUCUAUAACAGACUCAAAAAUCUUCACCUCUCUUACUUACACUUGUCCAAUUCCAUUUCCAUUUCCAUCGUCGACUAAACCCAAACACACUGCUUCUUCCUCCAUUGUUUUCUCUCUCAAAUUCUCACCAAAAGAAGGAAAAAAAGAAAAACCCUAAAUUAUCUCUCUUCGCCGCUCCAGGCUCCAGCUGGGUCAUGACCACCAUUCUCUGCAGCAAAAAUGAGCUCAAAUUUUGAAUUCUACUCUAUGGAUCAUAAACGACCUAGAUUUUCUAUUGAUGGAAAAUAUGAAGAUGGCACAGCCUUCACUUCGAGUUUGGGUGAUGAAACUGUGCUGAAGAAACCAAAACCUACUUCGCCAAAAGUAAUAGAUUUUUCUGAUCCCUUUGCCAUUCAGAAGAUGAUUGAUCGGUUAGAUUGUGGUAAGUUUGGAAGUGUCACGAAAGAUAUAGAAGCCCUUUUUGCUCCAAAGAUGCAAACUUUGUACCCGUAUUUUGAAAAGUACCCAACACUUCUUAAUCAGUACUUUGAUUUGAAAAAGGACAAGGUUGAUGAUGAUGGGGCUUCUAAGUUGGCAAAUCAACAACCAACUCCGUUGGCCAUAGCACGUGACAAUGUCAUUGAUUUGGAGGAUGAUUGUGUCACUAGUGGCACACCAACAACAUCAUUGGCUAUCAUAACUAUUGAUUCUGAUGAGGAAGACAAAAAAGAUUACACACCUUCAUAUCAUUUUCUAAAUGUUUCCUUAAAUCAACAACCUGGAGAAAUUUUCACCAAGGAAAUAGAGGUUAGGAAACUUACAGAUAGAAAACAUGUAGAAGAUGCUAUUCUUUGUGGAAAAACUGAUGCUGAAAUUAAGACAGAUAGUGGUGUUUAUCUUGGUGUAGAAGAUGAUGGUGAUCAUGACAGUAGUCCUGAGGAUGAUGGGCUUGAGAAUAUUUGGAAUGAAAUGUCAAUGGCAUUAGAAGUUUCCAAGGAUGUUGCUACAGAUCCUUCAUCAGGUGAACGAGAGAAAGAAAAAAAUGAAUCCUGUGAUCAUUCUUUUGUCUUAAAGGAUGAUAUUGGGUACGUUUGCCGGAUUUGUGGAGUUAUUGACAAAGAAAUCGAAAAAAUAUUUGAGUUCCAGUACAUGAAGGUGAAAAGCUCUCGUACUUACGUGACUGACUCUCGUAGAUCAAAAGACAGAGAAUCAGCUGGAAUAGAUGGACUUAACUUAUCUGAUGACGAUUUGAUAAUUGAUGAAGUGUAUGCCCACCCCAGGCAUAUGAAGCAAAUGAAACCUCACCAAGUGGAGGGUUUCAAUUUUCUCAUCAGCAAUUUGGUGGGUGAUAAUCCUGGGGGUUGCAUCUUGGCCCAUGCGCCUGGAUCAGGAAAGACAUUCAUGAUAAUCAGUUUUGUUCAAAGUUUCCUCGCCAAGUAUCCGAGUGCCAGACCCCUAGUUAUUCUUCCCAAAGGAAUCCUGAGCACAUGGAAGAAAGAGUUCCAGAGAUGGCAGAUAGAGGAUAUUCCAUUGUUUGACUUUUACACUGUGAAAGCAGAUAACCGAUACCAGCAAUUAGAGGUAUUGAAACAGUGGGUAGAAAAGAAAAGCAUCCUUUUCUUGGGUUACAAACAGUUUUCCUCAAUUAUUUGUGAUCUGGAAAACAGUGAGGCAUCAACUUCGUGUUGUGAGAUACUGCUUAGGGCUCCAUCAAUUCUUAUUCUCGACGAAGGACAUACUCCAAGAAAUGAGAAUACAGAUGUCUUGCAAUCUCUGGCCAAGGUGCAGACACCCAGGAAAGUAGUGCUUUCAGGAACACUUUAUCAGAACCAUGUCAAAGAGGUGUUCAAUGUCUUGAAUCUUGUUCGACCGAAGUUUUUGAGAAUGGAAACAUCUCGUCCCAUUGUCAAGCGUAUCAUGAGUAAGGUUGUUAUAUCGGGUAUUAGGAAGAACAUCAAAAGUGGUGGUGAUGCGGUUUUCUAUGAUUUAGUGGAGGAUACUCUACAGAAAGAUACAGAUUUCAGAAGGAAAGUGUCAGUUAUACACGACCUGCGUGAGAUGACCAGCAAAGUCCUUCACUACUAUAAAGGUGAUUUUCUGGAUGAGCUACCUGGACUAAUUGAUUUCACAGUAGUACUCAACCUCAGCUCCAAGCAGGAACGAGAAGUUGGAAAAAUAAAAAAGUUAUCAAGAAAGUUCAAAGCAAGUUCGGUUGGAAGUGCUGUUUAUCUGCAUCCCAAGUUACAAUCAUUUUCUGAUAACUGGACCGCAUCUGAUGACAAGAUGGAUGAGUUGCUAGAACAAAUAGACUUAGAAGAUGGAGUAAAGGCGAAGUUUUUUCUAAAUAUGCUAAGUUUGUGCGAGGCUAAGAAGGAGAAGCUGCUGGUUUUCAGUCAGUACCUAGUACCUUUGAAAUUUUUAGAGAGAUUAGCUAUAAAAGCGAAGGGUUGGUGUACUGGAAGGGAAAUGUUUGUCAUCUCAGGUGAGUCAAGUAGCGAGCAACGAGAGUGGUCUAUGGAACGCUUCAACAACUCCUCAACUGCCAAGGUUUUCUUUGGUUCAAUUAAAGCAUGUGGAGAGGGAAUUUCUCUUGUUGGAGCAUCAAGAAUUAUAAUUCUAGAUGUUCACUUGAAUCCAUCCGUGACCCGUCAAGCCAUUGGGCGUGCAUUUCGUCCAGGGCAGACAAAGAAAGUGGUCACAUAUAGAUUGGUCGCUGCUAACUCGCCUGAAGAGGAAGACCAUCACGCUUGUUUCAAAAAGGAAUUGAUCUCCAAGAUGUGGUUCGAAUGGAACGAAUACUGCGGGUAUCGGGAUUUCAAAGUGCAGACUGUCGAUGUCAAGGACUGUGACGAUGAGUUCUUGGAAGACAGUCGGGCCCUGGCGGAGAAUAUAAAGGUUCUGUACAAAAGGUAGUUCCUGCUAUAAUGUACAAAAGUGAGACUCUAGUUUAAACUGAGGUAGUUUUCUAAUUUCAGCUCACUAACUUGGAAUAAAAGUGUACAUGAGUUUUAGUUGUUGAAAGUUCUUUAGGGGAAAUAGUUUUGUAAGGUCAAUGUGAUACCAAAGGUUAUUGAAGUGUGUAACAUCCACUUGUAACUUCAACUUAUUGGAAUCACACUACUUUGCAGCUGUACAUUCUUAUCUUCCAUUUAAAAUUUUCUCAGAAACCUCAUGAAAGUUGUUUUAAGAAAAACAACCAGAGGUCCUUUUAUUUUGUUA